UAAUAAUUUCUCCGUCUCUGACCGGACGGAUUCCGUCGUCGUCCACCUUCCUGCUCUCCUCUUCCUCUUCCUUCCUCCUCUGAUCACUUUCCAAGCUGUAGCCUUUUUGAUGAGGCUUGUGUUGCAUUGGACUUUAUUGUUUGUUUCCUUAAUUUAAUUCCUUGAUCCCUUCCAUUUGCUUUGCAAUUGCCCCUGCUUCUGUGCUCAUUGACAACAAAAUCAUCGGGUCUUCUUCUCCAUCUUCUUCAUAUCAUCGAUCGAUCAAGCUUUGAUACGAUACCACCCCCUAUACGAACCUUUUCGAUCAAUUGAGGAGGUUUCAAUUCAAUUCAAGCGCGGUGUGCGUAUGUAAUUGAAGGAGGAGCAUGGGAUUAAACUCCGCUGGUCGCCGCCCUCCCCUCGCGGACUCCCGCUGAUUGAUCGUAGGUGGUCGCUCUUUCAAUUCUUCUUCCCACUUCUGUCUCGUCUCAUCUGUGUAUUGAUUGUAUCUCUCCUCUUUCUUUUCUUCAUAAGAUUAUAUUAAAUUAAAUCAAAUUAUGCAACCAAUUGAUGAAGUCAAUUCUUGGGUCGGAGCUUGAAAUCUGGGGCUAGGUCAUGGACGAGGUCAGCCCUAGCCAUGAAGCUGAGCCUCCUCGAGCCCCCGACUCGGGCCUUAAAGUUGAUGACUCGCCUCUGCCAUCAUCAUCAUCGUCAUCGUCAUCGUCAUCGUCAGUAUCGUGGCGUCCCAGCCCGCUCGCCUUCACUCCCUACUCAUCCCACCCUGCUGCUGCUAACAAUUUGCGAGUCGUUGUGAGAAGACCGUUGGUGGCGAGACUGACCAAGGACAUUGUAGAAACAUACUGUACAUGCAAUCCCCAGUUCAAGUAUUCAGAAGAACUAAAUCCAAAGAGAUAUUUGACCAGCCCAUCUGUGGGAGUGCUCAAUGAUGGUUAUGAUAAUGCAAAUUCGGAUCUUAUUUUGACCGUGAACUUCGUUUUGGUCAAUCCAGAGACACAGAGAAGGUAUAUUGUCAAAGAUGUCCUCGGGCAUGGUACAUUUGGCCAGGUUGCAAAAUGCUGGGUACCAGAAAUUGGAAACUUCGUUGCUGUUAAAAUUAUCAAAAAUCAGCCUGCUUACUAUCAACAGGCAUUGGUUGAGGUUUCUAUACUGACCACGUUGAAUAAAAAGUAUGAUCCUGAGGAUAAGCAUCACAUUGUCCGUAUAUACGAUUACUUUGUGUAUCGCCGCCAUUUAUGCAUAUGUUUUGAACUGCUUGACACAAAUCUGUAUGAGCUUAUUAAGAUAAAUCACUUCCGGGGGUUGUCAUUGAGCAUAGUCCAGCUAUUCUCGAAACAGAUUUUGAAAGGAUUGGCUCUGUUAAAAGAUGCUGCUAUAAUUCAUUGCGAUCUGAAGCCUGAAAACAUACUGCUCUGUACGAGCGUGAAACCAGCAGAAAUAAAAAUUAUUGACUUUGGCUCUGCGUGCAUGGAAGAUCGCACUGUUUACUCGUACAUUCAGAGCCGCUAUUACAGAUCUCCUGAAGUUCUACUUGGGUACCAAUACACAACUGCCAUUGACAUGUGGUCUUUUGGAUGCAUUGUUGCGGAAUUGUUUCUUGGAUUGCCACUCUUUCCAGGAGCAUCAGAAUUUGAUCUUCUGCAGCGAAUGAUAAAAAUACUUGGAGGGCAACCUCCUGACUACGUGUUAAAAGAGGCAAAAAAUACAAGUAAGUUUUUUAAGUGCAUUGGAAAUGCCCAUAAUCCUGAGAAUGCUGGAGCUUCUAUUGGUGGCAGUGGCAAAAGUAUUUAUCAAGCUCUAUCUGAAGAAGAAUAUGAAGCUAGAGAGAUGAGAAAACCGACCAUUGGGAAAGAGUAUUUCAAUCAUCUGAACCUUGAAGCAAUUGUCAGAAACUACCCUUACCGAAAGAACUUACCAAAGGAAGAUAUCAUUAAAGAAAAUCAGAUUCGCAUGGCUUUGAUUGAUUUCUUAAGAGGACUUGUGGAGUUUGAUCCGGCUAAACGUUGGUCACCUUUUCAGGCCUCAAGGCACCCGUUUGUUACCGGAGAACCUUUCACGUGCCCUUAUCAACCUCCACCAGAGACCCCUCGCGUGCUGGUCAGUCAAAAUGUAAAAGUCAACCAUCAUCCAGGAGGAGGACAUUGGUUUGCUGCAGGUCUCUCUCCUAAUAUUGCUGGCUGGAGCAAAGUUCCACAACAUAGCAGCCCAAGCUUUCAAGCAGUGCCACAUGCACAUGCUGGUAGUUAUGGUAGUUUAGGAAGCCAUGGCAGCUAUAACGAUGGUGCUGGGCUUGGAAGCAGCUAUGGCAGUUACGGAGAUGGUGGCAAUAUGUUUGCAUAUUACUCGCCUGUGGGUCCAUCUGCAAUGAACCUUAAUGCACAAGGUAGUGGCAAAAUACUGGGAAGCAGUCCUGACACAAGACGAAGAAUGAUCCAGUUUUCGCAUGGAAGUGGACUGGGCGUGAGUCCAUCAGGUGGAAACUUUGCACCCCUGCCCCUCGGUACCAGUCCCUCACAAUUUACUCCGCCAGGCUCCUAUAGUCAAUUUUCUGUCGGUUCUCCUGGACAUUAUGGGCCACCAUCUCCAGCAAGAGGUAGCAUACAAGGAUCACCGUUGGGGAAGACAUCUGCAAUGAGUCAAAUGAACAGAAGAAAGGGUUGGGGAUAUUCUGGAAGUUCUCAAGUUCAAGAGGGCUCUUCAUCUUUGCACUGGCAAGGGCAAGGGCAAGGGCAAGGGCAUCUUAUGGAAGGAAGCAACUCCAGCCAAGCCGAGGACAAUUCUCAUACCUUGAAUGGUUCACAGCAUCUGCAUGCACAUUCAACUGCUGUUAGCUGGAAACAGCAGCCAGGAGGAACUGGGCUUCCUGCUGGUUUUCCUGUCAAUGCGAACAUGUCAGGAUCCUUGAGGCAUGGCUCAAGUUGGCAAUCCUACCAAGCAGUUGGAGCAGUCAGCAACGUGGCUGAGACUGACUCAUCCUUACCUGAUCCAGGAGACUGGGAUCCCAACUACAGUGAUGAGCUACUUUUACAAGAAGACGGCUCAGAUACGAGUUUGGCUGCUGAGUUUGGGAAAGUAAUGCACCUCAGUUCGACGGAGUCCUUGGGAGGAGUUGGAAGGACUAACCAUGUUUCUAGAGCUGGAUAUAGUGUGUCCACUCAAAGACAACUUGGUCCAGUUCAAGCAUACCCACAUGGAGAGGUGGGCAAGCUUCCAUCUCACGAUCAGCACUCUGGACAUAUCCGUGCCAUGUCAAAGCCUUCUCAUUUUACGCCGCAAUACCCGUACAACAAUUCUUUGAGCCGUUUGGGACAGCAGCCUGCACAGAGGUUUAACCAUGGAAGAUCCACCUCCUCCACCUUUGGUCGAGGCGGUGACUGGCAUAUUACUCUACAGGCUCCUAAUUCAAGCUUUGGCAGUGAAGGACCACAUUCUCCCGGGAGUGGUGGCUCAUUCAUCAAUGGCAUGCCAUGGGGAGGCCACAGAGCUAGUGAUGCUAUCGCAGGCAUUCCCCCAACAUCCCGAGGGAGAAAAGACUACGGAAGAAUAGCCUAAAAUGGUGGAAACUGGCUUAGAAUUUUUUUUUUUUUUUUCCGAUUGAUGACCAUGAAGAAGAAGAAUCAUGUCCGGCCGUGGGUUGCCAAAAGAACCUUCUAGUCCCAAAAUUGUUCAUCUGCCUCGUGGGCUUUUUGUGCUGGGGAAAAUUUUCCAUUUUGGAUUAGUACUCACAUUCUUGUGGUGGUUGCAUAUAGAAUCUUAAAUAUAUAAUUUAUGGGUUUAUGGCUUUUGCAUGUAAAAUGGAGGGCCUUCGAUUGUCACCCGUUACUGCUAGAGUGAAAUUUAUGCCUGUUCUCCCUUUCA